AGGAAAACUUCCUUGUUUGGGGGCGACGCUCCCUGCCGGAGUCUGCGGUCGCGGCCGGAUCCCUCGAGUCUGCGGCGGCUGGGGAACCCCGGCUGGAGCCGGUGACCAGGAAAAUUUCAAGAUCCAUGCCUUGCUGAAAGCAGAGAAGAUGUUAUGUUGGGGAUAUUGGUCUUUUGGAUUUCCUGGCUCAGAUACGACUCUGCAGGCGGUCAUCCCUGAACCUCAAACCACUGAAUUUGUUCACGAGAGGAGUGUCAAGGAAGUGGCUUGUGGGAAACACCACUCUGUGUUCUUGCUGGAAGAUGGGGAAGUCUACACCUGUGGGGUGAACACCAAAGGCCAACUCGGUCAUGAGAGAGAAGGAGGCAAGCCAGAACAAAUUGAUGCUCUAGCUGACCAGCAUAUUGUCCAUGUGGCCUGCGGUGAGUCUCAUAAUGUGGCUCUUAGUGACCAAGGCCAGCUUUUUUCCUGGGGCGCAGGAAGUGAUGGCCAGUUGGGGCUUACAACGACGGAAGAUGCUGUAACAAUUCCAAG